CCGAGGCCGCCCCGCUCCUUUAAAGGCUCCUCCUCCGGCGCGGAGGGGACCCGGCCCCGCCGGUCCGGCCCGAGGGCUGCGCCGGGAGCGCGGCGGGGAGCGCACGGCGGGGCGCGGGGCCGGUGCCCCCAGCCCGGCCGAGAUGAGCCCCCUCCUCACGGGCAACGGCAGCGCCUGGGGGGGCUCCGGCAACCGCAGCGGGGCCGGCAGCCUGGGCCGGCAGUGGGUGCUGGGAACCGCCAUCAGCCUCACCGUCCUGGUCACCGUGGCCGGUAACUUGCUGGUGAUCGCUGCCAUCGCCAGGACGCCGCGGCUGCAGACCAUGACCAACGUCUUCAUCACCUCGCUGGCCUGCGCCGACCUCAUCAUGGGCUUGCUGGUGGUGCCGCCAGGGGCCACCAUCCUGCUGAGCGGCCACUGGCCCUACGGCACGACGGUGUGCGAGCUCUGGACCUCGCUGGACGUGCUGUGUGUCACGGCCAGCAUCGAGACGCUGUGUGCCAUCGCCGUGGAUCGCUACCUCGCCAUCACCUCCCCGCUGCAGUACGAGGCGCUGAUGACGAAGGGCAGGGCGCGGGCCGUGGUGUGCCUGGUGUGGGCCAUCUCUGCCUUCAUCUCCUUCCUGCCCAUCAUGAACCACUGGUGGCGGGACGGGGCGGACGAGCAGGCGGCACGCUGCUACGAGGACCCGCGCUGCUGCGACUUUGUCACCAACGUCACCUACGCCAUCAUCUCCUCCACCAUCUCCUUCUACGUGCCCCUGCUCGUCAUGAUCUUCGUCUACAUCCGAGUUUUCGCCGUGGCCACGCGGCACGUCCAGCUCAUUGGCAAGGACAAGGUGAGGUUCCUGCGGGAGCCCCCCAGCCCCGCGGCCGGGGGCAGCCGGCGCAGGCGGCCGUCCCGUCUGCUCGCCAUCAAGGAGCACAAGGCGCUCAAAACCCUGGGCAUCAUCAUGGGCAUCUUCACACUCUGCUGGCUGCCCUUCUUCGUGGCCAACAUCAUCAAGGUCUUCUGCCGGUCACUGGUGCCGGACCAGCUCUUUCUGUUCCUCAACUGGUUGGGCUACAUCAACUCAGCCUUCAACCCCAUCAUCUACUGCCGCAGCCCCGACUUCAGGAGCGCCUUCCGCAAGCUGCUGUGCUGCCCCCGCCGCGCCGACCGCCGGCUCCACGCCGUCUCACAGGACCUGCAGCGCUGCCCCUGCGCCUUCAGCCCUCGGGGGGGGCCUGCAGAGGACAGCAAGGCGGCCCCCGGGCGCCCCGGGGAGGACGGCGAGGCUCGGGGCAGCGGCAGCAGAACAGAGGAGACUUCUCCGCCCCGGGGCAGUGGCCACCGGCAACGGCCCCCGGGCGAGUCCCGGCUGCAGGACGCGCGGAGCAGGCUGAGUUCACAGCUGGAUGACCCGCCAGGACCUGGUCCGCUGUUCCUGGGUGAAGGAAACACGGGUGGUGAACAGGGAGGCCAACCAGCCGAGCAGGAAUGUGUCCCAAAGCCUGGAAUUUCCCCCCUUCUCUUCCCGAUCCCACUUUCUGCCGCUAAAGAAGGAAAACGCGGGGACCCCCUCAGGAGCGAGGCACUGCGGCUGCCGUCGCCGCUCUGGGCUCUGCAGGUUUGCUGGCGGAGAGACGCCCGCGGGUCCGUCCGACUGACUGGGAGCAGCCGAGGGCUGGGAGGAGAAUGUCCCCCGGCCGGCUCAUCACCCCUCCGGCCUCUCCUCUGCCCGCCUUGGCCGCCGCCCUCCCCGGGGACCGCAGCCCGGUGCCAGCCCCAGGCUGCUGCCCGGCUCCGGGCACGUGAGUCCGGUGUCAGCCCGGCCACGGCUCCCGACACCUCCGCACCGCCCCGGGAGCUGGAACCCCCCUCGGGCUGCCGCCUCCUCGGCUCGCUGGAGCUGCACACCCCGCGCGUGGUGCUCCUGGAUCCCCUCUGUGCCUGCUGAGGGCCGGGCUUGGAGAAGCGGCACCAGGGGUGACGGCGGUGGCGGGACCCUGCACCGACCUGAGGAGGAGGAGGAUCUCCCGUGGGAACGCUGGUGGUUUUGGGACGAUACCAGCUCCUUCGUGCCGGUGGUGCUGGAGACCUGGAGCUGGGGAAAAGCUCUGGAGCUGCUCGCCAAGGGGCAGCACAGCCUCAGGGAUGUGUGGACAGGGGACAAACUCCUAUCUGGGGCGUUCCUGGCACGGCUGGCAGUGGGAUGUGGAGACUGCCAGCUCUGCUUUCUUGAAGGACAAAGGAACCUGUCUUCCCAGGCUUGGCCAGUUUUGGACAGUCUGUUGAGAAGGAGAGAAGAGCCUCCUGCAGGCUCAAGCCCUUCCCAGGGGUUCCAUCCCUGCCCCAGCUGCUGCAUUCCAGGGCUGAGUGCAAUUCCAGGAGCUGCAGCGAUGCCUUCAGCAAAGGAAAAGCUCAGGGGAAUGAGAG